AUGCCCCAUAGCGACUACCACUCACUUCGUGCCCCACCACUCUCUGCCAUUGAACAUGGCUCUAGUCCCACAAGCUUUGAAGAUGGAUUUUGUUUGCCCAGCAGCUGCUAUAGCAGAACCUGGCUCCUCGACAACUUUCAAGACACCUGGAGUGAAGCCACCAGCUGCCAGGUGACCAAUUGUGAGCAGGACAGGCUCCCAGAGAAUAGCUGUGUGCAAAAUACGUGCCUUUCCAGAGUUGUCCAAACAACGUAUUCCAAUUCCAGGCCCUGUGAAAAGACAACAUGCAUAUCAGGACAAUCCUCAGCAGCACUGGAGUGUGUUUCUCAACCUGGCCAGGCAGGAAGCAGCCAACAAAAGGGGUUUAUAGUCCAGCGCUGCCAACCUGCAAGCUACUUGGUGAAGUAUUGCCCACCCAAGACCUCUGUGUCUAAGAAUUGCCAAACUCUGGAAUGUGAAUCCAGCCAAUGCCAAUCUCAGAGCCCUGAAUCCAGUUCCUGUAGGACUUCAGUUAAUGUAGCACCUGGGCCGCAACUCCUGGUAAUGCCCAACACUUACGAACCAACUUGCUGUGUUACUGGUGGUUUGCAAUUGCCUUAG